AUGGAGGUCACCAAGGAAUUAAAUGAGAAGCAGAUGAAGAAGAAGAAGACGAAGAAAAGUAUGCAGAACUGGAGUAACAGAAUUAGCUUUUCAGCUAGCUUGCCUGAUGAUGUUUGUGGGGUAUUUGCUGAUAGUAUGUGCGCAGUUAAAUACUCGACAGACCCAUUCUCGGAUAUAAGAGAAUCGAUAUUAGAGAUGAUCCACAUUGUGGGAGUUCAAGAUUGGAAUGACAUAGAGGAGUUAGUUUACUGUUACAUCGUUCUCAACUCACCGGAGAUUCACCAAUUUAUUGCAGAGGCUUUUCUUAGUUUGUGUUGCUCUGUUGAGCAAAUUUGA